AUGGAGUCUCGUCGUCGUGUCACCAGCAAACUGGUUCUCUCUCCUGCGGCCUCACUGAGCAAAGUGACACAGGAGGAUCUUAAUGUGGAGCGUCUUCCGGGACGCAAAUACGUAAAUCCAAGCAGGAAACAUGUGAUGCGUGAGGAGUUUUCUGACCGUAUUGAACACAUCAUGUACGACCCACGCCCACAAGAGGGAUCUCCCUCUAAUAAUCCUAUCUCUUUAAGCCCCCUUCUCUGUGAGCUUGCCGCACCCCGUCAUCGCCUUCACUUUAACCCGGCCGAUACAGUUGUAGGUAUCGUUACAUGUGGUGGUAUUUGCCCUGGUCUCAAUGAUGUGAUUCGUUCUUUGACCCUUACUGCUAUUAAGGCCUACAGUGUAAAACGUGUUAUUGGUUUCCGUUUUGGUUACUGGGGUCUGUCUAAGAGUGGUGCCCACACUGCUAUGGAGCUUUACCGCAGCUCUGUUACAAGCAUUCACCGCCAUGGUGGUACAAUUCUUGGAAGCAGCCGUGGUCCACAGGAUCCAAAGGAAAUGGUUGACACAUUGCAGCGACUUGGUGUAAAUAUUCUCUUUACUGUGGGUGGAGAUGGAACACAACGUGGUGCCCUCUCAAUUGCUCAAGAAGCCAAGCGUCGUGGAGCUGACAUUGCUGUUUUUGGUGUUCCCAAAACCAUUGAUAACGACCUCAGUUUUUCACACCGUACAUUUGGUUUCCAAACUGCUGUGGAAAAGGCUGUUCAAGCUAUUCGUGCCGCAUACGCUGAGGCUAUUUCUCUCAAUUACGGUGUUGGCGUUGUAAAGCUCAUGGGUCGUGACAGUGGUUUCAUUGCUGCGCAAGCAGCUGUGGCAAGCGCCCAGGCAAAUAUUUGCCUUGUUCCUGAAAACCCUAUUCCUGAAGAAACAGUAAUGAAGCUGAUUGAACGCCGCUUUGAGACUUCCCGCAGCUGUGUUAUCAUUCUCGCAGAAGGUUUUGGCCAGAACUGGGAGGAAGGUUCUCGUGGCUAUGAUGCCUCAGGCAACAAGAAAUUGUUGGACAUUGGUAUUGUUCUCACGAAGAGGAUUCAAAAGUGGUUGAAGGAGAACCGUGAUCGUUAUCCUCAUGGCACAGUGAAGUAUAUUGAUCCCUCAUAUAUGAUCCGUGCAUGCCCACCUUCUGCUAAUGAUGCUCUCUUCUGCGCCACUUUGGCAACUCUCGCCAUGCAUGAGGCGAUGGCUGGUGCCACCAACUGUAUCAUUGCGAUGCGCUACAACAAUUACAUUCUUGUUCCCAUUAAGGUGGCUACUUCAGUCCGCCGUGUGAUUGACCUUCGGGGUCAGCUCUGGCGUCAAGUGCGGGAGAUCACUGUUGGACUUCACGACGAUGUACGCGCCUGUAAGGAAACAGAAAUCCGUCGUGAGCUUGAGGCAAUUGGAUUGAUUCGUGAGCGUCUUAUCAAUGAGUUGUCCAGGCUGUAG